AGAAAUAUAUAUAUUUAUAUUGAUAUUUGAAUACCUGUAAUUGAGUUUGCCAGUCGCAAAAUCAAAUUUCGUGUGUAAACCCAUAGCCCAGAAUUCACCAUUCAAAAUGUCCAUCAUACUCAAUGUUGUCCAGCAAUAUGUGUUGGAGAAGGCCUGCGAUUUGACCUGCGAGGCAGCCUUGACCGUCCUAAGAAUAUGGAGCGGUCCAAAGCUAAAGGAGAAGGCAGAGCAGGAACAGCCUAAACUAGAAAGGGUCCUGACCCCAGAGCCAGAGUCAUUGUCAAUGCCAGUACCUUUGCCUCCGGCCAAGCCCAUUUGCCAGGCUACCAUAUCCCCGGAGAUCCCAACAGCCUUUAAGAAUGUGGGACGCGAUGCUCCACGCUUCAACAGCGGAUCCAUUGAUCCUCCUCAGUGCUCCUGCAUGCGUGUGUGCCGCGACAGCUACUUCUCUUAAACAAGGUUGGCUCUCGUUUUAGUAAAAGUUUUUCGCAAUAUUAAGGUUACCCACGGAACGGAAUCGAAGAAUCAACAGAAUGAAACAAUACGCGCUCAUUAAAUAAAGCUUGGAAUAGUUUAAAAUCAA